GGGGCGGGGUUUGCCGGAAUACGGGUGGAAAUGGAAUAACGCGGGAGGCUACAGUGCGUUUUGCUAAUCGGUUUGUUUUAAAUUGUUGUAAAUUUGUAAAUGGUUUAAAGUUUGAAAUCGCUGUCGAUGUUUAGAGAUGUCUCAGAAUAAGAGAGUCGCGUCUCAGAACAGGAGGUCUCAGCUGGUGUUAGAUGAGGAUGAUGAAGGUUCACUCACGCAGCCCAGUGUGUCUCAGGUACAGAGAGCCAGAGAGAACUUCACACCUGUACAGGUGGACCGCAAGGUUGCUGAAGUUGUGCAGUUUGUUCUGAUUAAGGACCAGAAGAAGAUUCCCAUCCGCAGGCCAGACAUAGUUAAACAUGUGAUAAAGGAGUACCGGACUCUGUACCAGGACAUCAUGAAGCGAGUGGACCGAACGUUCGAGCAGGUGUUUGGGCUGAAGCUGGUGGAGAUCGACUCCAAGAAUCACAUUUACAUCCUCACCAACAAACUGGAGCAGUCACGUGAGGAACCAAUCAGCAUGUGUCCUGCAAACCCAAAGACCGGAUUGCUGUUUGUGAUCCUCAGUGUUAUCUUCAUGAAGGGAGGAAGCGUUAAAGAGACUUUAGUGUGGAACACGCUGAAGAAACUCCGAGUGGACGUUGGAGAGAAACACGAAGAGUUCGGCGAUGUGAAGAAGAUCAUCACUGAUGAGUUUGUGCGACAAAAGUAUCUGGAGUACGUUCGUAUUCCUCACACUGAGCCUCUGGAGUACGAGUUUCGUUGGGGACAGAGAGCCGAGAGCGAAGUGUCCAAACUGAAAAUGCUGCAGUUUAUUGCAGAGCUACAUGAUCAGGAACCUCAGUCAUGGACCCAACAGUACCGAGAGGCCACGAGUGCAGAGAACAACCCGCGAUAACGCAACAGGAGUGUGUGUGCGAGAGUGUGUGCGAGAGUGUGUGCGAGAGUGUGUGCGAGAGUGUGUGCGAGAGUGUGUGCGAGAGUGUGUGUGUGUGUGUGCGAGAGUGCGCGUGAGAGUGCGAGUGUGUGCGAGUGUGUGCGAGUGUGUGUGUGCGGCUGUGGUUUUGUCCAAUACAAAACAUUUAUUGAGUCUUAUGCAAGAAAUUAUUUAACUUUCAUUCUUUAAAACUGAUAAAAAAAAAAUUCUUUUUCAGAAUUCUGUUUUGUUUUUUUUACUGUUUGUGAUAAAAUAAAGCUGUGCCUCUUUA